CGAAUGACGUGUCUCCUUGGGGGCGGAAGUGGCGAAGUUGGAACAUUGUAUGUUGUACAAGACUCUUGGCAGUAACGUUAGUUAGCCAGUGGAGAGUGGCCGGUAUAGGGUGUGUUACAGCCCGUUGUGUGAAACUUUAACAGGGACUUGGAAAUCACGCCUGGUUGUCAUCAACAUGGCCACUGAGGAGGACAUGCGUGAUGAGCUGUACAACAUGCAGCAGAAGAUAGACCAAACCACAGAUGAUUCUCUGGAGAGCACAAGGCGAAUGCUGCAGAUGGCAGAGGAGAGUCAAGAUGUUGGUAUCAAGACACUGGUUAUGCUGGAUGAACAAGGAGAACAACUUGAUCGUGUUGAGGAGGGGCUUGAUCGGAUUAACGAGGACAUGCGGCAGGCAGAGCGUAACCUGACCAAUCUGGAGAAGUGCUGCGGCCUCUGCGUAUGUCCCUGGAAGAAAUGGCGUAGUUUCGAGAAGAAUUCCAGCUACCAGCAGGCGUUCAAGGGUGGCGAGGACGGAAAGAUCGUUACCAGCCAGCCCGUCAGGAUGUCUGAUGACCGCAACGGGCCGCAGGUGUCCGGUGACUACAUCACCAGGGUGACCAACGAUGCCCGAGAAGAUGAGAUGAAUGAGAACUUGACCCAAGUAGGUGGCAUUAUCGGUAACCUGAAGCACAUGGCCAUGGACAUGGGCAACGAGCUGGACAUGCAGAACACACAGCUGGACAGGAUCGAAACAAAGGCCGACUCCAACGUGGACAGAAUCCAGCUUGCUGACAAGAGGGCCAACAAGGUGCUGAGAAAGCAGUGAAAGUGCCGACACAUGCAGAGAAAGUACCAGAGGAUCUAUGUAAACAACUUCUCUCAAAGAUGGCGAUGGAAACCCAGUCUGAAGUUUAAUGUGCCUUACGUCAGGAGAUAUACCAGAGCUGUAUGUCAUAGUUAGGGGGUACCAGAAGAAAGAUUUCACCUGUCCUAAUCAAUAGUGAACUGUGGUUGUCGGAAAUGGGAGCCAAAAACUUCCCUUUGAAUGCACUACAAGGUGAUGUUUACCAGUACCAUACUCAACAGUUAUAUCUUUAUUGAUCUAAGUCUUCUUUCCUAUUCCAAUAAGCAUAGGGAAUCUCAUAAAGUCAAAGUCAAAUGCUUCUUAUGUUAUAAUGGAAAUGAAGUGAUGAUUUAACCCUAAAACAUGUGGAUGACAGAGUGAGAGAGAGAUGAUGCCUAGUUGCUGUACGUUGUAUAUAAUACAUCAUACACACACUCUGGAAGGGUAGUCAUAAUUGACAGGGGUGACCCUUUUGGAAUCAAAAGAAUUAUAGAAUGAUAUUGGUGCUUCUAGCCUAGAUUGUAAUGAUUGUAGAGUCUACAGUGUAGAAUGUAGGAGCAAGGAAGAUCCUACCAUCUUCCCAUGACAUGGUCAGUUUGUUGUAUCUUAAUUGUAACAUCCUUCUGUCUUUGUCGUUUUGACCAAAGUUCAAAAGUUGUCAUUGCUUUUCCUUUUAAUCAAUAGUUCUACAGAAUAAGUACACGAUGGUUGUGCUUUUCUGAUUCUGCAUGAAUUGAAAAGGCUGUCUACAUGUUAUUCUUGAAAACUUUAUUCAACAAUGAAGUUCCAAUAUGCUAAGUACAUUUCAAGAAUUUGCAGUUACAUCAGCCAGAUGAUUUUGAUAUCGUAAGAUUUUCAAGUUGGCUGUGACAGAACCAAUCACCAACAAGGACCUAAGACAAUUUUACUGUAAGAAUAAAGCUGAAUUUUGCAGGACACAUGCACAUGACUGUCUUAAGAAUAUUCUCAGUUUUACGAACAUAGCACAAUUGUACAACACAUGUGACUAGGUUACACGAUACAAACCUUUCUGUUUUGACAGGUUCUUUUCAAGGUAACAUUUGAUCAUAUGAUACCUGUAUGAGCAGUACUAAAGGAUAAAAUGUGAAAGAAUUGUUUUAAGUGUGGUCAGUAUGCGGUGUACAGGACGACCGUUGUUCUGCUAACAUGGGAAGAAAUGUAAGAGUUCCAUCUGGUAGAGCAACAUAAUUCUGUUGUCUUUGUAUUUGUUCCCACCUGUCCAAAUGACGAAAGGAGAAUCUUGCAAAUCUUUACAUGUGAUUGCACUAAAUCCUCAAACCAGGCACUUGUGUAUUAUACCACGUUGAGAUCAGUUUCUCUCCCUACAUGUAGUCACAACUUGUUUACCUCACUUCCAUACCCCUACUGGU